GGUUUCUGUGCCCCAGAGAACUCAGCUGACCUCAUUCGCCAUGUCUAUUUCCACUGUUACCACACCAAGCUGAAGCAGUGGGGGCUGCGGGCCCUGCAGAGCCAGACAGAUGUGAGCCAUUGCCAGCUGGACUUCCAGAGCCGCAAUAUCAUCCCUGAGAUCCAGGAGGACUUCCUGUGUCUGUGGGAGUACUGUGAGAGAUCAUUUGACAAUCCCGAGUGGUUCUAUCGGCACGUGGAGGAUCACAGCUUCUGUUCGGAGUACAAGGCAGCGGGGAAGGAGAACCACGUGGUCCUCUGUGGCUGGAAAGACUGCGAUUGCACCUUCAAGGGGCGCUGCAAACUGCGGGAGCACUUGCGCAGCCACACGCAGGAGAAGGUGGUGGCCUGUCCUACGUGUGGGGGGAUGUUUGCCAACAACACCAAGUUCUUUGACCAUAUCCGCCGUCAGACUGCACUGGACCAGCAGAGGUUUCAGUGUUCUCACUGCUCCAAGAGGUUUGCCACAGAGAGGCUGCUCCGUGACCAUAUGAGGAACCAUGUAAACCAUUAUAAGUGCCCUCUGUGUGACAUGACCUGCCCGUUGCCCUCCUCCCUGCGCAAUCACAUUCGUUUUCGGCACAGCGAGGAGCGGCCAUUCAAGUGUGACUACUGUGACUACAGCUGCAAGAAUCUCAUUGACUUGAGGAAACAUCUGGACACACACAGCAAAGAGCCAGCCUAUCGCUGCGAGUUUGAGGCUUGCAGCUUCACUGCACGUUCCCUCUGCUCCAUCAAACUGCACUACCGGAAAGUCCAUGAGGGUGACUCAGAGCCCCGAUACAAGUGCCAUGUCUGUGACAAGUGCUUCACACGUGGAAACAACCUCACUGUCCACCUCAGGAAGAAACACCAGUUCAAAUGGCCCUCAGGGCAUCCUCGCUUCAGGUACAAGGAACAUGAGGAUGGCUACAUGAGGCUGCAGCUGGUGCGUUACGAGAGCGUGGAGCUGACAGAACAACUACUGAAGGACAGAGAGAAGCAGGGGGAGGCACUGGAUGGCUCAGCUGAGUGUGUGGUGCUGUCUGAGGGUGAGGGCAACCUUCAGGGCAUCAUUCUGGAGACCCCAGCAGAGGCUCCCAUGGUGGAGAACAGUAUUGCUGAGCUGCAAGUGGCCCCGCUGCGCCCAGCCCCUUGCUCUGCUGACAACCCUGAGCCAGCACAGCCGAGUGCAAGUGCCUUCCCAGGAGCAGCGCUGUCGGCAGAGCAAGAACCCAGCACCCUGGCCAACCCCAUCAUUCGUGUGGUGAACCGGACCAAUGAGCAUGGAGAGAGUGAGACUGUAUAUUAUGUCAUGGCCAGCACAUCCUCAGAGGAGCAGGUGGCAGCACCCAGUGGACUGGCUAUGGAGCUGGAGGAGAACGUCAUGGACCGUCUGCAGAAGACUGCUGAGGAGCUAGGCAUCCAGAUCGUGUGAGGUGCUCGCCUGCCUCUGCAUGAGGAAAGCUUGGGCCUCCAUGGGAUGUGCUGGUGAGGGAGGUUGGCAAGUGCUUGGGGGAGAGG